AUGGGAUCUGAUCCGCAAUAUAUCAAGUUCCCCAACCUCUCCAUCGCCCAACAUGUCUUCAACCUCUCCAACCCAGCAUGCGCGCCAGCUGUCCAGCAGAGCUCAUUGAAGAAGCUCCAAGAUGUUAUCUUGGAGAACAAAAUGGCUCCUUUCUACCGGCAUCUCGCCCAUCCCACUGAAGGCAUCUUGAACAACUCCGGCGAAGGCGUAACACAGCACCCACAAAAUGGAGGGAACUCAACGCAACCUCUCAUCACGUCCAAUCUUAUUGCAUCUCGUAAAGCACCGGUGAAGAUCGAUUUCCCUUGGGACGAGCAGCUCUACCAGUCUCUACUAGAGGAUAACAAGAAAGAACUGGAGACCUUCCAGAAGGAGGAAGAUGAGGCGGAAGAGGCUGCCGGGGAGACUGAGGUACAAGCUGCGCGCGGGAAGCGAGCUGAGUUCUGGGCUCGUGUGGGAGAUAAGGACAAAGCUGUCGAAUCCCACGAAGCCCUCCUCGAAAAGACUGGAUUCCUGGGCACCAAGAUCGAUCUGGUGAUGGCUAUGCUCCGCAUCGGACUCUUCUUCGGCGACCUUUUGUUUGUGAACAAGACCAUUGAACGAGCAGAGACCUUGGUAGAGAGUGGUGGAGAUUGGGAUCGUCGAAACCGCCUCAAGGCGUACAAGGGAUUGCAUUUGCUCACCAUUCGCUCUUACAGCCUUGCCGCUCCCUCCUUCUCGACAGUCUUGCUCGCCGGAUCCUUGUCGCUCAAGCGUGUGGACUUCAAGGCGAAGGUAGUGGAUGCACCAGAGAUCAAGGCCAUCCUUGGCUCUCCGGAAGACCAACUGGCUGCGCUGAGUGGGGAAGUCUCCUCAGGCCCUGGUGCCCGGGAUGAGGUGAUGAAGGAGACAACAGCGGGACUACCCACACCCGCCGGUGCCAAGACCGCUGUCAACAUCUCCUCUUUCUCAACCGGCUCCGGUGUGCCAGUAGAGACCGAGGCGCCCGUUGACUUCGCACCGCUUGCAAACCUGGUUACCAGUCUCUACAACGGCAACUACCGCUCGUUCUUUGUGGCACUCGCGGCCGUUGAGGACCAGUUCCUGACACAAGAUCGCUAUCUGCACGAGCACCGGGCUUGGUUUGUUCGUGAGAUGCGACUGCGCGCCUACCAGCAGCUUCUUCAGAGCUACCGUGUGGUGGGGCUGAGUGGUAUGGCCAACGACUUCGGUGUGACUGUAGACUACUUGGACCGGGACCUUGCCAAGUUCAUUUCAAACAACCGCAUUGCCUGCACCAUCGAUCGAGUCAAUGGUAUCAUCGAGACGAAUCGACCAGACGACAAGAACAAGCAGUAUGCCGAUGUGGUGAAGCAUGGUGAUUCCCUGAUCACCAAGAUUCAGAAGUACGGCCAAGCUGUGCGUCUUCGCGGAAGUGAGCGAAGCUAA